AUGGACGUGAUAAAACAAACACGGCAACGUUUUAUGGUGUCUGGUGCCGGAUGUGGGAAAUCUCGAAAUGCUACAGAGAUUCCUAAAAUACUCCGCAAAAUAUUUGUAAGUGAUCCAGAAUUGGGACCUUAUACACCACUUCUUCAUAUGUUAAUAAAUGAUAUGAGUGGAAAUAGCAUAGCAUUGGAAGCACUUGAAUUGGCUUUAAAAGAAGUUGUUGACUUCGAAAAUAUCAGCUUUGUUUCAAUCGCAGAAGUG